GGGGAGGGGGCGGGAGGGGGCGGGCAAUAAAGGGGUGGCGCCCAUCUGGCUCCGUUCGGUGGCGUUUGGGGACUUCCAGGGAUCCUUGUCCCCUCCCUCUGGUGGCCCUUGGGGUCCCGCGCGUGUCCCCAGACCCGGUGGCCUCCAGGGUCCCCCAGUGUCCCCCCCCCCGUGUCCCCAUUGUCGCACGGGGGGCGUGGCCUUUGCGCUAUAGCCCCACCCCCAGCCCGGAGCCCCCGCCCCACUCCCUUGAAGGGGCUGGGGCGUGGUCAAAAUUUUUGAUUGACAACGCCGCUGUCCAAUCGUGAGGGAGAGACUCGGCCACGCCCCUUCCGCGGCACCGGAGCGCGCGCGGCGGCUCCGGAACCCCAAAACCGAACCGGGGACCCCAAAACCGAACCGGGGACCCCAAAACCGAACCGGGGACCCCAAAACCGGACACGGGACCCCCCCGGAACCGACACAGGGACCCCAAAGCCGAACCCGGGACCCCAAAACCGAACCCGGAACCUCCCAGAACCGGCACCCGGGACCGCCCCCCUUAACCGGCACCGGGACCUCUCCGAAUCAGUCCCGGGACCCCCGAACCCCGCCAUGGACCCGGACCCGAAUCCCGGAGCCGCCACCGACCCGGAACCGGCAGCGGAACCGGCAGCGGCGGGGAAGCGGCGGCGUUUCACGCUCCGGCAGGAGGGUCCCGACGAACCCCCGGUCCCGUCGCUGUUCAGAGCCUCCGGGGCCGCGCCCCGCCCGGGGCCGGUGCCGGGGCCGGUGCCGGUUCCGAUCCCACCCGGUUCCGGUUCUUACGCCGAGUUCGUGGUGCGGGGAUCGGGGGGCGCCGGGAAGGAGCCGCGGGGAACCACGGGGACCCACGGGGGGCAGGACCGGGACCAGGGUCAGAACCGGGACCGGGAUCAGAACCGGGACAGGGAUCAGAACCAGAACCGGGCCAGGGAUCAGAACCGGGAACGGGAUCAGAACCGGGAACGGGAUCAGAACCGGGAUCAGGAACAGAACCAGAACCGGGAUCAGGAUCCCGGAGCCACCGGAACCGCCCCCUCGGGAUCCAUCCCGACCCCCGGGGACCGGGAUCAGAACCAGGAGCAGAACCGGGCCCGGGAGGUUCCGGCCCUGCCCGUGCUCAAACCGGGCACCAAGAGCAGCAGCAUCAUCGUCAGCCCGCGGCAGCGCGGCAAUCCGGUGCUGAGGUUCAUCCGCAACGUCCCCUGGGAGUUCGGGGACGUCGUCCCCGACUACGUCCUGGGCCAGAGCAGCUGCGCGCUCUUCCUCAGUCUCAGGUAUCACCACCUGAACCCCGAUUACAUCCACGAGCGGCUCCGGGCUCUGGGGCGGAGCUUCGGCCUCCAGGUGCUGCUGCUGCAGGUGGACGUGCGUGACCCCCACCAGUCUCUCAAGGACCUGGCCAAGGUUUGUCUCCUCACCGACUGCACCUUGCUGCUGGCCUGGAGCCCCGAGGAGGCCGCCAGGUACCUGGAGACCUUCAAAGCCUAUGAGCAGAAACCCCCGGACCUGCUCAAGGAGCGCCUGGAGCACGACUUCCUCUCACGGGUGACAGAGUGCCUGACCAGCGUCAAGUCCGUGAACAGAACGGACGCCCUGAGCCUGCUGGGCACCUUCGGGUCGCUGGCGGCCGUGGCGGGCGCGUCCCGGGAGGAUUUGUCCCUCUGUCCCGGCGUGGGACCCCAAAAGGCCAAGCGACUCUUCGACGUCCUGCACGAGCCUUUCCUCAAGACCCCUCGGUGACCCCAAAAUCCCACAAAAUCCCCCCAAAAUCCUCCAAAAUCCCCCAAAAUCUCCCCAAAAUCCCCCCAAAUCCCGAUUUUUUGUUUUUUUUUUUUUGUAAUAAAUGACGUUUACUGGUGACACAGGUGACACUCGGGGCGGGGGGUCACUCCCCCUCCUCCCGUUUCUGCUUCUUCUUCUUCUUCUUCCUCUUGGCC